AUGCCCUCAGCUAGCGACCUUCCUUACCUGAGGGCCACCCUGCGCGUCGAUGGCAGAAUAAGCACCGCCAAUGACCGAGCUCAGGUCGCUGCUCGCCUUUACGACGUUCAAUUCUAUCCCUACACUCCACCAGGUAAAGAUCCUGUCUUUGCUGCUACCGGCGGCCAGCAGACCUUUGUAUGCCGCCCGACGCUUGACAAGGACAGCGCCGUUGAGAUUAUUCGAGAGUUCAGAGAUGAGGACAAGGACUUAGAACUCAACAGCCUCGUAUGGUCUCAAGACGUCAACAACGGUGAUCCUCUUCUUUGCGUCGCCGGAAGCCCGUCAUCCGUCAUCAGGAUUCUCAACGUACGCACUGGUAAACACACCAGGUCUCUCGCUGGCCAUGGCGCGGCCAUCAAUGACCUCGCUGUCUCCCCCCUCUCACCAGCUAUCCUGGCCUCAGCCUCCGAGGAUCAUUCCAUCAGGAUAUGGCACCUUGAUCCCAUGUAUAUCAAGCAGCCUUGUCCAGUAAUCUGCAGCGGCGCAGAAGGCCACCGUGACAGAGUCCUUUCAGUCUCCUUUCACGCUACUGGCAGAUAUCUGAUCUCGGGUGCCAUGGACUCUGCUAUCAAGAUUUGGGUUGUGCCAGAGCUUCCAGACGCAAAUACCGGCACAGACAAAGUCAACAUUAUCCACUACCCUCACUUUUCUACCACUGAAGUGCACUCAGAUAUGGUAGAUUGCGUCCUCUUCUACGGCGACCUUGUGCUUUCGAGAUCCGCCAAGGAAAAUCAGAUCCUGCUCUGGAAGAUUGAUGGCUUCAACAGCAACAGCCCUCCUCCACCGUCUUCAACCGCAGGUCACAACGAAGCAUACGGAAUUGGCAAUCCGGACGAGAGUACCGAUGCUUACGGCAGCACCGCCUCUGCCUUCGGAAAGCGUUUCCAACGACUUCUCUCGUUUGACGCGCCCAUGACCCCGCUUUUCUACAACCGUUUCGGCUUAUUCCACAUGCCGAACAAGCAUCCGAUUCUAGUAAUCGGCAACGAGAAGAGCAAGUUCAUGUGGUGGGACCUCCAACGGCUGGAAGAGGGCACGGAUGGCGGCGAGGAGGGCUUCAGGAGCGAGAACACGUUUCGCAUCCCCAACAAACGUAAGCGUGCAGAGCGCGACGGUCCGGCUAUGGGUGCGGGCCGAGGCGGCCUGCUAUCGCGCGAAGAAAGCAUUGCGUCCAACGCAUCAAGUGGCAUCAUUUCAACAGGCACAGGCUCAUCUUCUGUCCAUUCCAACAAUUCUAAUGGAAAAGCUAAGAAGUCGUGGACCAUCUCGGAUCCAUUCGUGCCUGUGCCUUCGCACAAGAGCAUUGUAAUCCCCAAAAUGACUUUCUGCUCGAGACAAGUCGCCUGGAGUGUUGGCGGCGAGUGGGCGGUUGCAGUGGGAGAUCACGGGAUGGUCUGCUUAUUCCGACGAUGGGACUGA